GCUCUUCCGUCCUUUCCUCACCAGAAAAAAGCUUUACACCACAGGCUAACUCCGCUAAAAAAAUUUGUUUUUUCUACAAAUUUUUAAGGUAUUGCAGUUAGUCGUGAGUCACUAAGGAGAAAAAGCUGUUUCGAGCAAGUGCUUUCGGGGAAAGCGAUCGCACUGGGCGUUGUCUUUGCCUGCUGAUGUCAUUGCAAUCGGGAUAUCUAGAGGCCCAUCUCCGAGUAUCGCUAUUUUUGUAUCUAUUACAAAUGAACAGUUACAUCCUCCGCGCUCAAACCGAAAGAUACCAGACACCAACAGCUGUCGAAAAAGCCGUUCAUGGUCAUUGUGCCAUAAAUGGCAAACGAAACGAAAUUGAAAUUAAGCAAAUGAGUGGGAAACCAGACGCUGAAGCGACCAAGGAGAAGAACACCGGGGCAGCAGCAACAUCAAUAGCACAGCAGCAAUAGCCACUUCGGAAAACAAGUUGGUAGAGUCGAGGUCCAAAAGCCGAAUCAAAAUCCGAAUAUACCAGACGAAGGCGGAUGCGCACCUAGAAGCCAAAUGAGGAACUCUAGCGGAUGCUGUGCCUCUUCAACUGGGACAAAAUCAAAGCAACUUCAACGGCAACGUUGAUAAGCAGUUCACACUGGAAACAAAUAUUUUCAUGCAAUUUGGACUUUAAAUUAAAAUUUACAGAUCUAUUGUUCCUCUACCAGGUGCCACUCCCGAAGGAUAUCGAGUGAUUCUAGCAAAGCUGGAUGACUUGAACACGUCUAACUAUAACUUUGCAGAUGUUAUGAAACUAUAUUGCAUGGUAUUCGAUUUUUGGAUGUAUGAAGAUGGCAUUCAGCCGGGGCAUUUGAUCGUGAUCGAUCUGAAAGGUACUUCCUUAGGUCACGUUGCUCGCAUAGGCCUUCUGCAAAUGAAGAAGUUUCUAUUUUAUCUGCAGGAAGCGGCUGCCAUCAGGCUGAUAGGCUUUCACUUCAUUAAUAUUGUACCUUUCAUGGACAAGAUUUUGGCGCUAAUGACUCCGUUUAUGAAAAAAGAGCUGUCCACUGUACUGCACAUGCACAGCGACUUGAACGAAUUCUACAAGUUUGUGCCAAAGGAUAUGCUUCCAAAGGAAUACGACGGUCAAGUGGAGGAGACAAGCUUGGCCAAAGAAAUUUACUACAAAAAGUUGCUCGAUAAUCGAGAGGAAUUUUUAGAGUUUGAGACGCGUCAUCAGGUCAACGAAAAACUGCGACCCGGCAAGGCCAAAAAUGCCUCAGACCUUUUCGGCAUUGAGGGAAACUUUAAGAAGUUGGACAUUGAUUGAGCCAAUCAGUAUAUAUAAAUUGUUGUUGUUUCACAGGUGGUUGAUUGCCUAAUAAAAGUUUAAAGUUACAU